UCCAUUGCAGAUAAGCAAUAUCCGACACAUGUCAAUCCUCGGUCCUUUAAUCCAUUCUAACAUUCAUAUACCAAACUAUCUGAUCACCAGAAAGAAUUAGCGUAAAGAUCGCACCUUUUGAUUUUAUACCCACCAACUGUUUGAUAAAAUGUCAACAGCUUCUUUGAGCUCAUCUGCCCUUGUUCAAUCACAGAUUAAUGGGUUUGGCAAGCUUGUUAAACCCUCUGUGUUUCAACCCAGUUCAGUUACUUACACAAGGAGGGCAAUUAGAACUGUUGUGAAGGCUUCUCGGGUUGAUAAAUUCUCGAAAAGUGAUAUCAUUGUUUCUCCAUCGAUUCUCUCUGCAAACUUUGCAAAGUUGGGAGACCAGGUUAAAGCCGUUGAGGUGGCAGGUUGUGAUUGGAUACAUGUUGACGUAAUGGAUGGUCGUUUUGUUCCUAACAUUACAAUCGGACCGCUUGUUGUUGAUGCAUUACGGCCAGUGACAGAUCUCCCAUUGGAUGUGCAUCUGAUGAUUGUUGAACCUGAGCAACGAGUGCCCGACUUCAUAAAAGCUGGAGCCGACAUUGUCAGUGUUCAUUGUGAACAAUCCUCGACUAUCCAUUUACACCGUACCCUUAAUCAAAUUAAGAGUCUUGGUGCGAAAGCCGGAGUUGUUCUAAACCCUGCUACAUCCUUGAGCACAAUCGAAUAUGUCCUUGACGUGGUUGAUCUGGUGUUGAUCAUGUCUGUAAAUCCUGGAUUUGGUGGCCAAAGUUUCAUUGAGAGCCAAGUGAAGAAGAUCUCAGAUUUGAGGAGAAUGUGUGUGGAGAAGGGUGUUAACCCGUGGAUCGAGGUAGAUGGUGGAGUUACUCCCGCCAACGCAUACAAGGUCAUUGAGGCUGGGGCCAAUGCUUUAGUUGCUGGUUCUGCAGUUUUUGGAGCUAAAGAUUAUGCUGCUGCAAUAAAAGGUAUCAAAACCAGCACCAGACCGGUGGCAGUCCCUGCAUAGAACAAUUCUAAGUACAGAUGUGAUUUCAGCACUCGUUAUCUCUCAGAUGAACGGAAGAAUUCGACUUGUCGUUUGUUUCUGAAUGAUGUCCAAACAAACUUUGCAUCUGUUGCAUAUUGAAGUGUAAUUAAAUUAAAUUUUGUUUAUAAUAUGUUAGUUCAUAUUAGCAACAAACAUAUUGGAGAAUGAUGAAUGAAAUAUUUUAAUGUUUCAAUAUGCAACUGGAACUCAAGUAUCA